CUUAAUUAAAUGCAGCAAGUUUUACCUCAUCCUCCUCUAAUCAAUAAACGAGCUGUUUUUGUGUAUUCUGCCACAACAGCACUGCAGAAGUGACUGGGGUGUGAGAAAGAGAUGAUUACUGAUUAACUACAAAGGUGUUUUGGUCUGUAAUGAUCUAUAAAGGCAAACACACACACACAUAUUUAUAUAUGUAGGCUGAUAGUCGCUCACAAGAGCGUCACAUUAAAUGAUAACAGAGGAAAUUAAAAAUUGUGAAAACGGAAAACUGUUCAAAUUUGUUUUACAUAAAACACGAGCAGACUGUUUGCUAAGUAUACAAUAAACAGGCUUAAUGAACUUCUUUUAUUAUCAGUUUAUGUCACAAUUCUAUCCAAAUGAGUACACAUUUACAUUAAAAAACCCCCACAAACUAAAUGUCUUAAACUACAUAAAUGAAACAAAACAUGUUAUACGACUUACUGGCUGAUUGAAAUAUCUCUAAAUUUAACCAUUCUAGAAUGUAGAAUCUGUGAACAUCAUUGUUUCUCUUUAAAUCUCUUUAAAUCUCUUUAAAUAGUUUCAUUGUUGUUUCUCUUUAAAUCUGGUUGUGGACUGUACAGCUACCUCACCAACUCCAAAUGUAAACCUCAUAGUGUACAUGUAUUAAACCAUCACUGAGAUGUAACCCAGUUCAUUUGUACAAGUAUCAUAUAUAGAUAGAGAGAGAAAACAGUUUGACUAGCAAUUGUUGUAACACCAUAUUCGUGUUUAUAAAUGAGGGUGAAUGGUCACCAUCCCAUCUAGCUCAUCAGCUCUCCGAGCUCAUUUGAGGUAAACAUGGAGAGAGGUGUCUGCACAUUGUCACCGGUGCUUUGAGUAUGAACUGUUGGCAGCCUCUCAUUCAGUAUUUACACGUAUUAUGACAGUCGCCUAUUUCCGCUGCUGCAGCAAGAGGAGGACACAUUGUCACCUCUAGCCAGACGAGGUGGAUGAGCCAGUGGGGUAUAUGAUGUUACGAUGAACUACAAAAGGUAUUUUCUAUGACCAGAACAUCUUACAAGUCAAACACACCUGUGGAUGUAGCUGUCGUUUGAGUAUUGGUGAUCAUCAGGUGUUAAUGACGCAUCAUCAUACAGUGGACACCUGGAAAAAUGGAUAAAUACACAUCUUAUUUUAAAAUAAGUUUUAAAAGCUGUUUCCAAAAAGGUAAGUGUCCAUUUAUCAUGCACUUAUUAUGUUAAUUAUAUUGUCAACUACUUACAUUACCAUUUCAUGGUCAUUGCUAUUUAAGACUAAAUUGUCAUAUGCAUUAAGAUUUUUUUUUUUUUUUUUUGGGGGGGAGAGUUUCAGGUCAAACACAGGGAUUCAGGACAUUGCCUGUAAAUCAGCCUUUAUUUAAAGUUUGCUGUAUUUACAUCCACUGGAAAGCCAUAUAGACGACUGUAUCCAGCUAAUUGAUAUAUAAUAUGAUGAAGAUGAGAGAAUCCAAAAAGAACCUGAGGAGGAACUGUACUCGUACAUGUGUGGUAAUGAGUCACAGAGCGGCGGUGUUCAGAACCAGUAAUGCAGGAGACGCUUUCUGGUUUUCCCCCUGAAGAAUGUAUUUGGCCAUUCAAGGAUCUGAUGUUGUGUCUCCCCUGGGAACAUGAACCACACUUGCACCUCACAGGCAACAAACCUUACCACAGACCCACUUGGGGGUCAUCAGGUAUGGGAGGUGGUUCUGAUUGUGCUUGUGACUGGACCUCUUUCCCUUAUUACCAUCCUGGGCAACUUACUGGUGGUCAUCUCCAUCCGAGUCAACAGUCAGCUACGGACCAUCAGUAACUACUUUCUCAUGAGUCUGGCGGUGGCAGACUUGAUCUUGGGUACGGUGUCAAUGAACCUAUAUACUGCAUACAUAAUCAUAGGCCGUUGGACAUUGGGACAUUUAGCUUGUGAUCUGUGGUUGACGCUUGACUAUGUAGUGAGCAACGCCUCAGUAAUGAACCUGCUGGUCAUAAGCUUUGACCGAUAUUUCUCAGUCACACGACCGCUGACUUAUCGAACAAAGCGAACUCCGAAGACGGCAGUGGUAUUGAUCGCUGUGGCAUGGGUGGUCUCGUUUGUGCUAUGGGGGCCUGCUAUCUUGUUUUGGCCUCAUAUGGAGGGACGACCAUCUAGAGAUGAAGCUCAAGUCUGUUCCAUCCCCUUCUUGAAAGUACCUCUGAUAACAUAUGGUACGGCCAUCGCAGCAUUCUACCUACCCGUCAGCAUCAUGAUCAUUCUGUACUGGCAAAUUUAUUGGGAAAUUGAGAACAGAGCGAAAGGACUUGCUGGUUUUGUUGGGUCUGUGAAAAACACUACAGGUGUUCUGGAUGGGUUGGACAAACAAUCAAUGCACAAAACCAGUACCAAGAGCAACUUGAGUCGCUCAAAGGAAGGAAAUUCCAGAAAGGGACAAGGCUUUGCCAAAGGCAUGUCAGUUGGGUGUUUUAAUACAACAAGGAAGAAAACAGCAGCAAUUUUGCAGAAGUCAGUUCAUGAGAGUUGCAACAGCAGCUGGAACAUUGAGGAUGAUAGCACAUUGUCUUCUUCCACAGACGAGGAACAUGAGCAGAACAUCAAUGCAAAAGCACCUUCACCUAAUCAAGUUGCGAUUAAGCUGAAGGACCUGCAAAGUAGACCACAGGAUAGCAAGGAUGUGCAAGAACAGUUCAACUCAUCAGCUGAGCAUCCCACUAGACAGUGCCACUUAAAAACACCCAGAAAGUCAGAAAACAGCAUUGGCCACCAGUUCAGAGCAAAACAUCGCAUCAGUGCGAUCAUUAAAGAAAAAAAAGCGGCCCGGACGCUAAGCGCCAUCUUGUUGGCUUUCAUCCUCACGUGGACACCAUACAACAUCAUGGUGUUGGCUUCCAUUUCAUACUGUGUUCCUGAAAAGCUCUGGCAGCUGGGAUACUGGCUUUGCUAUGUAAACAGCACUGUAAACCCCAUGUGCUAUGCCCUAUGUAAUGAGUCCUUCCGGGUCACCUUCAAAGCUCUGCUACUUUGUCGGCGUGGAGAUAAACGGAAGUUGGACACAAACAGCUGGAAUCGCCAUGCCUCUGUGAGGCAGAAGAAGCCUUGUAGUACAGUGUAAUUUUUCACCUUAUCAUUUGUUAUUCUACAGUGUGGGUGCUUUUAAUUGAUCAAUGAUCCAGAUACAGUGCUUCAAUUGGCAGACAAUAAUUUUCUAGGGAAUAACAUAGGGUUUGUAUUGACUCUAAAUAAGCCUGAAUCAACUUUUACUUUUAUAUUUGUAUAAUUAAAUUUGUGUGUGCCUCUGCUUUUACAUAAUACAUUGUCAUUAUGUUAAACUGCUUGAUUUUGAAUCUUGUCAGACACCAAUGAGAAGUUACUUAGCCUUGUGGUCAUAGCUCUUUGGCAACAUCAAAAGCUGUAAUUGUACUUUUUUCACAUCCAACAAAAGAAAAAAAAAAUCAAUUGAGUAUAAUUUGGAAUUGCAUUAUGUAUAGAUGGAAUAAAGAAAGAAAAAGAUCCAACGGCCACUGGAAAAUUCUUUUGAUGCCAUUGUCAAUGUGCUUAUUAAAUAGUACUUUUUCAAAAUUGCAUGGAAUAUAAAUUUUUAAAUAGUAAAUAUUUUUGUAAAUACAGUGUGUUUAUAGCAGUGGUUCUCAAUCAGGGGGCCUUCAAGAUGACUUAAAAUAAUCUUUUAAAUAAACUAAAGUUCUAACUAAUACACCCUCAAACUUCUGGAAUUCUACAAUUUAAAUUUUAAUUAUAUUUAUUUUAGUUACGUAUUUAGUUGCAUUUUUGGACACUCAAUUUCUGUAAAUCAAAAAGGUGGUGUGCCUAUUGAAUAUAAAUGAACAGUACAGGCUUUAAACAAGUGAACAAUAAGUGAUGAACAGUAUACUCGAAACAAAUCAUGUAUGGUUUGUGACAGUUUUAUUUUUCUAGGGGAAAAAAGUACCAUACAUCAAAAACAAAAUGAACAAAUCCCCCAAAAGCAACCUAACAAACAUUUUUUUUUUUCAAAAAUAAAGCAAUACAAAAAAAAAAAAA